UUGCUUUACGACCAGAGGUGUUUUUUCUUUUUUUUUCUUCCCUUCCUCCGGCUGGUGGUGUGUCAUGACUGCUGUUCCCCGCUGGAUGGACGCGCGACUUGUUCAUAACUUCCCUUGUGUACAUAUAUAUGUGGCUAGACUAGGAUCUAUAUGCGAAGUGUGAUGCGCAAAUAAAAAAAAAAAAAAAGGACCUGAUGUCAAUGGCUUGCACUGUUUAUUUGUUGCCUAGGUGGCGUUCGCAAUCAGGAAGUCAUGUCCAGAUCGGGGGAUAGAACAUCCACCUUUGACCCAGCACACAGUGACACCCUGCUGCAUGGGCUCAACCUCUUGUGGAGAAAACAGCUUUUCUGUGAUGUUACACUCACUGCCCAGGGACAGCAGUUUCACUGCCACAAAGCUGUCUUAGCAUCCUGCUCGCAAUAUUUCAGAUCUCUCUUCUCCUCCCACAAUGUGAUCAACAACGAGGGGAGCAAGGGGGACCAGGGCAGCAGUGGGACCCCCUCAUCCUCUCCCGAUGACAAGCUGAUGACCGCCAGUGCCAGGCCCAUCAAUAACCUGGUCCUCCAGGGCUGCUCCUCUAUUGGACUACGAUUAGUGCUGGAGUACUUGUACACUGCCAAUGUUACUCUUUCCCUGGACACGGUAGAAGAGGUGAUUUCAGUCAGCAAGAUCCUUAACAUCCCCCAGAUUACCAAGCUAAGCGUGCAGUUCCUAAAUGAUCAGAUCUCAGUGCAGAACUACAAGCAGAUCUGCAAGAUUGCCGCUCUGCACGGACUGGAUGAGACCAAGAAGCUGGCCAACAAGUACCUGGUGGAGGAUGUGCUGCUGCUGAACUUUGAAGAAAUGUGCGCCAUGCUAGAUGCUCUGCCGCCCCCCGUGGAGUCAGAGCUGGCUCUCUUCCAGAUGUCGGUCCUCUGGCUGGAGCAUGACCGGGAGACUCGGAUGCACUAUGCGCCGGACCUUAUGAAGAGACUGCGCUUUGCCCUUAUACCUGCCCCAGAGCUGGUGGAGCGGGUGCAGUCUGUUGACUUUAUGAGGAAUGACCCCGUGUGCCAGAAACUACUCCUGGAUGCCAUGAACUACCACCUGAUGCCCUUCAGGCAGCACUGCAGGCAGACCACGGCUAGUAGGAUCCGUUCCAACAAGAGAUUGCUGUUACUGGUGGGUGGUUUGCCUCCUGGACCCGAUCGUCUCCCAAGCAAUUUGGUCCAGUACUACGAUGACGAGAAAAAGACAUGGAAGAUCCUCACAAUAAUGCCUUACAACAGCGCUCAUCACUGUGUGGUGGAGGUGGAGAAUUUCCUGCUGCUGAUGGGUGGAGAGGACCAGUGGAAUCCUAACGGAAAGCACAGCACUAAUUUUGUGAGCCGCUAUGAUCCCAGAUUCAACAGCUGGAUCCAGUUGCCCCCCAUGCAGGAAAGGAGAGCCAGUUUCUUCGCCUGCCGCCUGGAUAAGCACCUGUAUGUGAUUGGGGGCAGGAAUGAGUCGGGCUACCUCUCCAGUGUGGAGUCCUACAACCUGGAAACGAAUGAGUGGAACUAUGUGUCAUCCCUGCCGCAGCCUCUGGCUGCCCACGCCGGGGCAGUGCACAACGGCAAGAUCUACAUAUCAGGGGGAGUGCACAAUGGCGAGUACGUGUCCUGGCUCUACUGUUAUGACCCUGUAAUGGAUGUGUGGGCUAGAAAACAGGACAUGAACACAAAGCGCGCCAUUCACGCCCUGGCUGGGAUGAACGACCGUCUUUAUGCCAUUGGUGGAAACCAUUUGAAAGGCUUUUCUCAUCUAGAUGUAAUGUUGGUUGAGUGUUACGACCCGAAAGCCGACCAGUGGAACAUCCUGCAGACACCAAUACUGGAAGGUCGCAGCGGUCCAGGCUGUGCCGUUUUGGAUGACAGCAUCUUCCUCGUGGGUGGCUACAGCUGGAGCAUGGGAGCCUAUAAGUCUUCAACCAUCUGCUACAGCCCAGAGAAAGGAACGUGGACAGAGUUGGAGGGAGAGGUUGCAGAGCCUUUGGCGGGUCCAGCUUGUUCCAACGUCAUCCUGCCCGCCUGCCUUCCUUUUAACAAAUGACAACUAAAGCAACCGGUGGGCGGUGGGGGUGAGGAACAGCAGAGUGAUUGGGGGGAGGACCAUCAAUAAACACAAAAAACACGUUGGUGACAAACCCUCCAGUCAUCCACCGGGGAGUGUAUAAAUUAUUUUUUUAACGGUUUGACAAGAGCACUUUCGUUAUUCUCUACUGUAGGAUUGAGAAAAGAAAAAAAAACUUUAUUGUUUAACUUGUGUAUUUAAACUCAUCUGUGUUCUGAGAAAUGGUCGCUUCCAUAUUUAAUUUAUUCAAACAGUUAGUGAGUGUUUUUUGGCUUCUCUUCUAUAGCACGCAUAGUGUUUAACUGAAUUAUAGCUUUCAGAUCCAUUGUAUCUUGUAUUCAGUAGCGGCAAAACUCCUGAAAAAUGAAGUGUUGUUUGGCCCUCUGACAUCGGCAGAUUGAGUCCUACAGGGGCAGGGUUAAAACAGUGUAUAAAUAUUCAUACGUUUUGUUAAUACUCAUUGUUCUCUUGCUGAGUUGCAUAUGUAUGCAACUGUUUUCUCUGUCAGGAAAUGAGCAUGUUGUAUUUGAGCUUUUAAAAAGGGACAUUUCCAGGAGAGAUUUCCCAACCAGUUGGGAAGGUAUUAGGGGACAUAUCCUGUAAAUAUACCUGCAAGCAGCUAUACAAGGGUCCAAGUAACCAGCAAGCAGAAGGACAAUGUAAAAACAACAGUAUACCAAGCUCUAAUUAUUAUUAUCUUAAUAAUGUACACUGAGACCAAUGUUGUGUAUGUGUUUUUUUUCUUUCCUUUUUUUUGUAAGUUAUCUGUUUGACACAGAAAUCUUGCCAGCCGUUUGUGGCAACUAUUCUUUGUGCAACAGGCGAGAUAAUGAAAUAGUUACCACUGAUUCCUAAUAGUCACAUGACAAACUAAUGUUAUAAAAUGUUGUACAAUCAAAUUGCGAUCGCUGGCCAAGGUAUUUCUUGGUAGCAUGUUUGGGUAAAUGGAUGAAUUGACAUGUAACACUUGUGUAGGUUUUUUUUUUUCUCAUGUGAACAGGCCUGUUUAUGAGGCCACUUAGAAUUACUGAGAUUUUAAUCUUUAAUAUAUGGAAAACAAACUAGCAUACAGUGGUCCUUAAUGCACUAUGAACUUUUAAUUCAGCAGACAAAGUUCACUGAAUUGUAAAUUUAAUUAAUGUGCUGUGUUUAAAAGAUAUCUCCAGUGCAAAUGAAUCCGGUCUUGUCUACAUUAUUAGGAUUGAUAUCUUUAUUCUAAAUAUUGAUGCAGUACUUGUUGAAUCCUGUAAA